AUGGCAUCGCUCAGGCUUGCAAGAUCUGCUCUGCAGGAUCUCACUGCUGCAGACGGAUCUUCAGGCCAGUUGCAAGCCUUGAAAAGAAUCAAGUGCGACCUGACUGGCCAUGUCUCACGCAAGGUCGAAUACAUUCAGCAGGGCCUCAUCCCCCAGCUCACAAAGAUUCUGGCCGACGUUGCCACCCAGCAGUCUGCGCUGGCCGGAGCCGACGCCCAACCCGAACAGGAUGGAUUGGUGACGACCCAGGUUGCCCAGAUCCUGUGUGUCAUCGCCCACGAAGGUCCCUCGUUUGUACAACCGCUCCUUGAAACCGAUGUUCUCCAAAGACUGGUCUCCUUCCUCCUGCUGCACCUCCCCCUCAGAACUCGCCUUGCGAUCCUCAAGUGUCUCAAUGCCAUCGCCGACAAUCUUCCUCCCGCGAUCGCGGGCCAAUGGCCACAAAGUGCGAAGCUUGCGGAUCUCCUAUACUCAAAGAGAUGCAUACGGUGCUUUAGACACAUCAUUGGAAAUGCUAAUGCGACACUGGCGUCUCAACAGGCCUGCGAUUCCAUCUUGGCUCUUCUGUGCAAAACGGUGACACACGAGGCUCAGAAACGUGCACUGACCGAGUCAGGCGUCCUAAAAAUACUUGCGAGUCGAUUGGCCUCAUUCGUGGUCGCCGAAGGGCUCGUCCCUCCUGGCUCUGAAGCCUUCGAUGGUGAUGGUAGCAUCCCGUCUGGCCUUCCCAAACCAGCGCCAUCUUGCGCGCACCUUUCCCCAGUACUCGAGGCACUUUGCGUGUUGGUUGAGGGCUCCAAGUCACGGGCGGAGAUCUUUUUAACAGAUCCUACCAUUAAGGCUGUACUUCCUGACCUUAAGGAGGACUUCUCACCCUCAGAUAUCCGCCGCGCGCCAUGGGGAGCUAGCUACUUAUCUGGCGCCGCAGUCCCGCGCUCACGGCUGCAUGGACCCUUCGAUUCGCUCCUUCCAAUCGCACCUAUAUCUGAGAAGGCAAAUGCUGCACAGCCCGGUUUUCCUCCACUGGGCUCGGUCACGGCUAUGCCCAAACGACGUCCUUCUUUUCUCCCAACCACGAGCGGGGUACCAAACUUGAAUCUAAACCAGGAUGCUAUAGAAGAUGUUCAGGAGAGCGCCGUCAUCUCUUGGCUGUUAUAUGUCGUUCGGGAAUCGCGCGGGAGACGGCGUCUUCUGGCGGCGAGAUUACUGGUCAACCUUCACAACCUGCAUUUCGUGAAGAAGGACCGUGGUUCGUCUUUCGCGUCAUUGUUGGUGCCGCUCUUGACGCGGAUGCUGGACCCCGACCCAGCGCAAUUCGAUCCUGCCCACCAGCCCAGCGGAUUGUAUCUUUGUGCUGGCACACAUUACGCGUGGGCCGUCCCCGCAGUACUAGCUGCGCUUAUAAUGGAUGAUCGCGAGAUGCAGAGAGUGGCUGUGGAGGGCAAGGCCAUUGUCAGUUUGUCCAUUGGUCUGAAAAUGACCUUUGAAGGGAUUUCGAGUCGCAAAUUAUCCCCUUGGCAGCCGCACAAACCAGAUAAGAUGGAAACGGAUACGAAAACCCCCGGUACGCGCAUAGGUCCUGGUGGACCGACCUGGACGGCCCGGACGGAAAUGCAGUAUCGAGAAGGUUGUUUGAAAGCCCUAGCAGCUAUUGCUCCAUUCGAGGAAGACUACCGCGAACAAAUUUGCAAUGAGAGUGUUUUGCCAUAUAUCAUUCAGGCUUUGGAACCUUGCGAGGCUCAAGUUGGCUUUAACCAGGAGAUCGAGAUAGCAGGAAAUUCGGCUUCUGUGAUAUUGGCUGCUUGCGCAGCUGUAAGAGCACUAGGAAGGUCUGUUCGAGCGCUACGAACGAAGCUCAUCGAGGCGGAUGUUGCUAAACCGAUCUUGAAAAUGAUGAACUCGACAAAUCCAGAGCUGAGGAUUGCGGCCACGAAGGUCCUCACCAACUUGGCCAUGGACUUCAGUGCGGUCAAAGAGAGCGUUGGGGAGUCCACGGUGGUGAAGAAGUUGUGCGAGCAGGCCCAUUCGGCAAGCGCUCGGCUUCGGCAUGAAUCGCUGUGGGCUCUCAAACAACUUGUGCUCAAUGCCAACAAGAAGCUUAAGCAGGAGGUUGUGGACGAGUUGGGUUGCAGCUGGAUCAAGCUACUGAUAAAAACGGAUCCCAUCGAUAUACCCGAGGGCGAAGUGAUUGGACUCGUGGAGAGAGAUUACCCUCAAAUCACAACAUAUAGGCGAUCUGCCGCUUCAGUUGACAACCCCCAAGAUAUUAUCAUGGGCGAGGGCUCGGAGCCGGACGGUGAGAAUGGGGAAGACGCGAGCGGGAGUUCUGAAAUAUCUGUCGAUUACAAUGGUGGAUUUGAUGCCAAGCACAGCGUGGAAGACGACAUCCAGAUUCAAGCACAACUGCUGGAUCUUCUUCGAAACCUUUUCUGCGGCGAGAAUGCUUCCGACCUGGUUAGAUAUGUCAUAGAUGAAAUGGGCCAGGACGACUUUUUCCGAAUCAUGCUCGAUCGACUACGCCCACGCACGCUCGCUGGCCCUACGCGGAAAGACAACUACACCACCCCACCGCCGAAUACGAUCGUUGUGAAGGUGUUGUUUGUCCUGGUGCAUAUUGCUGCUUGCGACCCGAAGUGGCGGAAUGCGAUAGCCUCACAACACGCCCUGCUCAAGCAGAUCCUGACCUUCUGUGGCCAUGCAGACCGAGAGAUUCGGUCGACGUGCUGCUGGAUCGCCAUCAACUUGACGUACGAGGACGAUGCGAAUGAUCGAGCUGGAUGCAGACACCGAGCCAUUGAGUUGCAAAAGGUCGGCUUCGUUUCACAUCUGAGGAAGAUGGAAACAGAUUCUGAUCUGGACGUGCGAGAGCGAGCGAAGACGGCGCUGCAUCUGAUGAUGAGCCUGAAGCUGAUAGCGUAG